UCCUCCCACACACCAGAAAAACAGGAGAGCUGUCUGAAAACCGCAGAGACCCCAGAAGGCUCGUAGAGAAGAACAGCUGCAGGAAACCGAGAAGCUGGGACAGACGAGCCGGGACAGUGAGACGGAGACCGAUCAGGAUCGAGUUGUGGAAAAUGUCCUGGUUUGAGUUUUGGAGCAGCAGGCUGCAACGAGCUGAGCCUCUGAUGAAAACACAGCUGACCCCCUCCCAGAGAAACCAGCUCCAUGGCAGCCGCGAAGUUCGCAUGGAGCUACGAAACCAGAGGAUGACGUCUCUGCUGCCCCCUGUUGGCGUGGAGGUCUUUAGGCCCUUUACGCCAGCGUCGUUGGAAGAGAGCCAACGAGAAGCUGAGAAGAACAAAAAGAAACCAGAGGAAGACCAGAGAGAACCAGCCAGUCACCUGCAGGCGGGGAAACCUCUCCCUUUUAUUUAUGGGGCCCCGGCCCCGGAGCUUCUCAGCACACCCCUGGAAGAUCUGGAUCCUUUCUACCAAUCACAGAAGACCUUCAUCGUCAUCUGUAAAAAGACGCUGAUCCACAGGUUUGAUGCUGAUCCAGCCUGUUUCCUGCUCAGCCCAUUCAGCUGUUUCAGAUCCUCCGCCAUCAAGAUCCUCCUUCACCCUAUAUUCAGCGUAUUCUUCAUCCUGACGAUUCCGACCAACUGUAUUUUAAUGACAGUGCCUCACAUGUUGUGGACCAGAGACGCGGAGUAUGUGUUCAUGAUUAUCUACAUUGGUGAGGUCAUCCUGAAGCUUUUGUCGCGAGUAGUCUGCUUGGGACGGUUCACCUUCCUCAGAGAUCCCUGGAACUGGCUGGAUUUCCUCAACAUCACUGCGUCUGUCAUUGCGUCGGGAGUACAUUUGAUGACUCAGCAGACGUCCCUGUGUGCUCCAACCGCAGGUCCGAAGAAGAUGGCCGAGAGGCUCGUGCAGUCGUUGAAGUGGCUGGCCGUCGCCAUGGUCCUGAUGCUGUUCGUCCUGAGUGUCCUGGCUCUGGUUGGCAUGCAGUUUUUCAUGGGUGUCCUCAAGCAUAAAUGUGUCGUUUCUUCUCCAUCGGGAAGUUUGGAGACACCAACCACUGAGCAGCCUGAGUUGUUGGUCACUGACAACAAGACACUUUAUUUCAAUGACAACAUUACUUAUGAGGAUUAUACCAACAAAGUAGAAAAUUUUUAUGUCAUGCCUGGUCAGUCUGACCCUGGUCAGUCUGGCCCUAUGCUAUGCGGGAACUCCUCCGAUUCGAGGCGCUGUCCAAGAGGUUUCGCCUGCAUAAAGACAGGGAGGAACCCGGAGCGUGGAUUUGCCAGCUUUGACACGUUCAGUUGGUCUCUGCUGGCUGUGGUCAGGAUCGCCAUGCAGGACCUUUGGGACGUCCUGCUGCAGCUGACACUGCAAGCAGCUGGUAAAGCCUAUAUGAGUGCGUUUGUGCUCGUCUUCUUCCCUGGAUGUUUCCUGGCGGUCAGCCUCUUUGUGGCAGCGGUUGCCAUGGCGCUGGUGAAACAGGAAAUGGCUGAGGCCAAAAAGACAGAGGAAGAGUUCAGCUGCAUUGUGAAGGUGCUGAAAAAGAGCGAGGACAGUGAGGCCACUGCUGAGACGGAGCUCCUGGAGGAACAUGACUCACCACAGAAGAAGAAACCUGCAGCAAAGACUCUCGAUCAGGAGAACGUCACCGUGGGGGAUGCUGAGGACGAGGUCCGGCCUUCCUGCUGCUCCCGCGCUGACAGGGUCCUGCAGGGCGAAUGCAGCAUCUGCUCUCAGCGGCUCAAACUGAAGCUCCGCCCCUUUGUCCUGAGUCCGUUCUUUGACCUGGGAAUUAUUGUUUGCAUCAUCAUCAACACUAUCUUCAUGGCCAUGGAACAUCAUGAAAUGAGGGAGGGAUUUGAAGAGACGCUGACCAAUUUGCGUGUAGUCUUCACUGCGAUCUUCACAGCAGAACUUCUCCUCAAAGUUCUGGCUCUGGGCGUCGAAGGCUACUUCAAGGUGAGCUGGCACAUCUUUGACUUCCUCCUCGUCAUCCUCACUGUGUUGGAUCUCUGCCUGGCUGACCUCGAGGGUCUGACUGUGUUGCGCUCAGUGACAUUGUUGCGACCGCUGAGAUUGGGUCGUUGGUGGCCCGCCUUGGGCACGCUGAUGAAGAUUGCCUGGUUUUCCGUGGGAAACCUCAGUGUGGUUCUGGUCUCCGUGGUCUUCAUGUUUGCCGUGGUCGGCACGCAGCUCUUUCAGCAGAACUACCAAGAUCACAAAGAGAAUGUCUGCAUGUUCUCCUCCCGCUGCAACCUUGCACUCUGGCACAUGACGGACUUUUCGCACUCCUUCCUGCUCGUCUUCAGAGUCCUCAGAGGCGAGUGGAGUGAGUGCAUGUGGGACUGCAUGAAGAUCUCCAACAAGGGCCUCUGUGUCAUCUACUACACAGCUGUUGUGCUUAUCGGAAACAUCCUGGUGGUGAAUUUGUUUCUCUAUCUGUUCUUGAGCCCAUCCUGUGCUAAUAAACCAGCCGCUGCAGCAGGACAAGUACCUCAUGAACGUCAUGCUGGAUCCUGGAUCCUGGACUCUUUCGGGGCUUUAACAGGAAAAAGGACCGACGCUAACACCGACCAGAAAGUUGAGUCAAAAAACAAAGACAGACAGGACUAUCUGGCUUUAACUCCCGUUAGCUUGGGCCAGCCGUCACUUAAACAUCACAGUAAUGACUCAGUCAAAGACUCGAGCGCGGUGGAGCUCAGCAGGAGGUCUCCUGGGAACAACUUUGAAAUCCAAGUUGACACAAACAAUGGAGAGAAGACGCAGAACGAUGGUGAUGUGCAGAAGCUUCAGGACAACAAAAAUCAGACAGAAAACUCCCCUGGAGAUUGCUGCUGUGCAAUUUGUUACAGUCGCUGUCCGAUCCAGGAUAUAGACACGUCCAAAGGAGCAGGGAGGGCGUGGUAUAAGUUCAGGAAGGCAUGUCUCCUCGUCAUACAACACAGAUUAUUUGAAAUCUUCAUCAUCUUCAUCAUCCUGCUGAGCAGCGCUGCUUUGGCGUUAGAAGAAACGAUGCUGUUCCACCAUCCAGUCCUGCAGAUGGUUCUGGACAGAGCAGACCAGCUGUUCACCUUCCUGUUCCUGAUGGAAAUGCUUCUCAAGUGGACCGCUUUUGGAUUCAAGAAAUACUUCAGCAGCUUUUGGUGCUGGCUCGACUUUCUCAUCUUAGCCGUGUCUCUGUUCAGCUCGGUUUGUGUCAUGCUGGGAUACUCCGCUGCAUACCUGAGCACCCUGAGGGCGCUGAGGACCUUGAGGGUCCCGUCUCGCUUCAAAGGCAUGAGGGCGGUGCUUCGGGUCACGGCGGCCACCGCGCCCUCCAUGUGCAGCUCUCUGCUGGUCAUUCUGUUGGUCUGGCUGAUCUUCAGCAUCCUGGGCGUGAACCUGUUUGCAGGGAAGUUCGCUCACUGCUCCAACCACACGGACGGCGUGAUCUUCGACGCGACUAACAGGACGCAGUGCUAUGAGCUCGAUGACGGCAGCUCCACAGACGUCCACUGGAAGCCCGCUGAGUUUAACUUUGACCGUGUGGGGAUGGGUUUGCUUUCGCUGCUGAUCAUGGCCACAUCAGCAGACUGGAAAGAAAUCAUCUACGCCGCUGUGGACUCCACAAAGGUGCACAUGCAGCCUGUCUAUGAGUCCAGACCGGUCAUGUACCUGUACUUUGUCCUUUUCAUCAUCUUUGGCUGCUUCUUCAGCGCCAACCUCUUCAUCAGGUUCUUUGUCGACGCUCUUCAUCAGCUGAGCGACAAGGCUGGAGGUAAACAUGUUUUCAUGGCGGAGGAGCAGCUGAAGUUUCACGGCACCGUCAGGAAGAUGUUCCCCAAGUCACCUGAGAAAGCUGCUCCGCGCCCAACGAACUGGUUUCAGGCUCGGCUCUUCGACCUGGUGACCGCUCCGCCAUUUGAGAUUCUGGUGGUGGCGCUGAUCUGCGUGAACGUGGUGGUGCUGAUGAUGGAGUCAGACGAUCUGUCUGACCAAGGAGUAGACGUCUUGGUAUGGUUUUUGUUCGUCUUCAUAAUUCUCUACUGCAUCGAGUUCUUCCUGAAGAUCACCGCUCUCAGACGGCACUACUUCAGCUUCGGCCUGAACAUCCUGGACUUUGUAGUCCUCGUCUUUUUGAUCUUAGGCUUGUUCAUCAGUGAUUUGUUGGAUAAGUAUUUCGUCAACCCGGCUACCUUCUUUGUUCUCCGGUUGGCUCGCAUCAGCAGAGUCCUCCCAUUCUUCCGAUUGGGUAGAAGGAUACAGAUGCUGCUCACUGGCUUCAUGAUGUCUCUUCCUGCCCUCAUGAACAUCGGGCUCCUCUUCCUCCUUGUGGUGUACACCUAUUCCUUCGUCGGGACGCGUAUUUUUUACACGAUGAACUUUGGGACGAUCGGGGACAGCAUAAUCAGUAUGAUUCUCUUCAGCCCGUCCUCUACCUGGUCCCUUCUGGUGCGGAAUAGCACGAAAUAUUCUCCACCCACAGUUGUCCCACUUUGGUACUGGGCCGACCUGUCGGCAGGCGUCGUCUUCCUCUGCUCCUACGUCCUGCUGCACCUCCUGCUGGUGGUCCACCUCUUUAUCGCUGUCGUCCUGGGGAGUCUCAACAGCAGGGCAGCUGGAGACGCCUCUCUGCUGCAGAUGUUUUACAACACCUGGAGGAAGUUUGAUCCUGAAGCCUCACAGGUCAUACCGUACAGUGAGCUGUCAGAUUUUUGCGAUGCGCUCCAGGAUCCGCUGAGGAUUCCUAAGCCAAACAACAUCCGGCUGAUCAACAUGGAUCUGCCUCUGCUUCCGGGAGACCAGAUCUGGUGCCUGGAUGUCCUGAAAGCACUCAUGACUCAGACAUUUGGUGAAGAGAGAGAAAUGGACUCUCUUAAAGUCCAGCUGGAGAAGAAAUUCACUGGGAACAAUAGAACACAGGUGUCUCACGAGCCAAUCAGCAGCACCCUGCUGAGGAAGCAGGAAGAGGUGGCAGCAGCGGUUAUCCAGAGAGCGUUCCGGAAGCACAGGCGCAGAAUGGACCUCCAGACCCGCCUGAGGACGAAACCACAGGCGCGUCGGUGUCUUCCCAGUGAGCACUUGGCGACUUCUCCUGUCCGAGAAAUGUUUGGAGAGAAACUUUCCAGCUGGGAUGAUCGUCCUCCGUUGUGCUGCCUCCCCGAUCCAGUUUCUGCUGAUGCUGUUGUCGGGAAUGUGUGACAUUUUCCACCGCUCCCCCUGGGUUUACUUUGAUUGGCUCACGUCGUGCGUCCCUCGCAACAGGAAGUGAAAAUACUUCUCGUGUAAUCUUAUAUGUUUUUCUAACACGUUCUGGGCCCAAAAGUGGCCCUUUGUCAGUGACUAACACAUUAACUCGCAUCUGAUGAUCAGCUGAUCUGAACACAAACCAGCUUCCAGCAGAACCUCUGGAGGAAGAGUUACUGAUCUUGCAAAAGCAAGAGCUGGAGUUAAACACAUUAAGCUUCAUUUUCACCUAAUCAUGACAAAAAAUCCAUAUUCACUAAAUUACUUGGAUUUUUUUACUACAUUAUGCUUCUGUUUAGUUUAUGAAAACAGAAAGUAAUAAACAUCAGUAUCAAGCCAUUGUGUUAUUUUCUUUUAUAAUGACCUUUAUCCUUCUGUAGUCAUUGCAUCAUGUCUACUGUUGAUUUCAAGCCUGUUAAAUUUAUCGAUUUAUUAACGUUGCAGCAUUCCCUCCUGAGCAAGUAUGUGGGGACAGUAGAGAGGAAAAGCCACUUUUCCACAAGAGAAAACUAAGCUGAGUAGAUUAACCGUCAGACAGACUUCCGCAUGUGCCUGCUAAAGACCAGCUAGCUCACAUGGCACAAUUUAACAUUUUUUGCCCCGAUUUUUCCCUUUAUAACAAUCUAAGAAAGCUCCGACUCAGCAUAAUUGCUGAGUCUCUAGCAGCUGAGUUUGUAAAGCAGCCUAAAGCUGGUUAAUGUUGGUAAGUUUGUGUAGCUUUUAAGAACAGGUCCAUUUGAAUAUUCUAAUUUAGUUACUAUAUGAAAGGAACCUUUGCUUUAAGAGUUUACUUGUUAUUAGUCUUGCAUUUUAGGACCACACAUAAACACUCAGAUAGCUACCAAACCGCCAAAAGAGAUUUCAAGUCUGUCUGAAUGCAGCUCUGAUUGUAAUCUUUAAAUCUUUUCAAUAAAGAAGACAAAAAAAACUGA